AUGGGCUCGUCCCCGGUGGAUGUCCACUUCUCGGACCUGGUCAAGUCUCCUGGGGACUCGGGGCCCAGCGCCGAGCCCACCCGGGACACGGGCUCGACUUCGCUGUCGGCAAUGAGGGAUGACGACUUUCCCAUGUCGGACUUCGAGAUGGAUGACAUGCACUUCGAUGAGAUGUUCGACAUCCCCGACAUCAAUGGACCUGACGUCGGCGCCGGCGGGCCCGUUGAUGUUGAUGCCAUCUUGGAUGAGCUGGGCUUCCUCUUUGAGGGCGACGAGGAGGGUGCUCGCUCGGCCCCGGGCCCGGUGCCUGUGUCGCACCCUGGGGCGCCGCGUGUGCCGGACACCUUCACCCUCGUGGCCAUGGGUCAAACGGCCAGCUCGCCCGGUGUUGCCCUCGCUGGCGGAAUUGCCCAUGUCAUGCCCCCGGCAACGAUCGCCGGACCCAAGGCUCCGACGCAUGCGGAGUCUUCGUGCGUCCCGCGCGCUGUGGGGCGCGGCGCCAAGUCCUUCGGCACUGGUGGCCUGGCGGAUCCGGUGUCCUGGUCUCGAAUCCCGAGCAUGGAAAGCUCCCUGAGCGAUGGUCGACUGUCAGUUCGCCUGGAGCCCGGCACAUUCAGCCAGCCCCUUCGCUGCCCUCGGUCCGGCGUCACGGUCUUUGUGGGCCUGGGCCGUCGAAAUGGCCCUGCCGAUGGGCCGGCGCCGUCGGGCAACGCGUCGGAUCUCGGCGUCGCGGCCCUUGCAUCCACCUUCGCACGGGGCCUGGCCCGGCUGUCCGCCACAUCGGAGCACCUCCAGGGGGUCUGGCCCCUGCCAUCGGCUCCGCUGGCCGUGCAGCACUUGCUUCUCUCCUCCAAGCAUUUUGCGGAGGCCGACAAAGAUGACGAGCACCCGGGCUCGCGCACGGCCCCGCUCCUUGGCGAGCCGAUGGCUGUCCUUCGCCGUCGAGCCGAAGUCCUCCUGGCGACCGGUCGUGCACAGGCCGCCGAGUUGGCGGCCCCGGCCGGGGCCCAGCUUGCCCCGGCCGGGGGUGUGCUCCUGACCGAGCGCUAUGCACCGCGGACCUUCAUCGAGCUGCUGUCCGACGACCGGUCCAAUCGCCGGGUGGUCUCCUGGAUCCGGGCAUGGGAUUCGGCGGUCUUUGGGACGCCGGCCCCGCGCCGGGGCCCCUCCUCGAGCGCCAGCGCAAUUGGCGUCGGUGACCAGGGCGAGGCCGGGCCGCUGGACGCCCUCGGCCGUCCAUCCAAGCGCAUGCUCCUUCUGAGCGGCCCUCCCGGUGUCGGUAAAACCACGCUGGCCAUGCUGGCAGCUCGGAUGGCCGGCUACCAGCCGAUCCUGAUCAAUGCCUCGGAGGACCGGUCGCCGGCCGAGCUGCGCGAGCUUAUCCUGGCAUCGUCGGAGAACCACACGCUUGCCGCCCAGGCCGGUGGCUUUGGCCUGGCAGCCGGGGGUCUGCCCAAUUUGGUGAUUGUCGACGAGUGCGACGGGCUCUUUGGCGGUGGCGCCGGGGGUGGCGGCGGCGGCGCGGGCAGUGGCGGUGGGGCAUACAGCGCCAUGGAGUCCCUGCUGGCGAUCUUCCGCGAGGAUGGUGCCCGGGAGCGAGCCCCUGGCAAGCGCCGGGCACGCAUCCUCCGCCGGCCGGUCCUCUUUGUGUGCAAUGAUCCAUAUGUGCCGGUUUUGCGGUCCCUCCGUCGGGAGGCAUUGCAUGUGGCCGUCCCGCCGACGGCCUUCAGCCGCGUGGCCCGGCGUCUGUCGACCAUUUGCGCGCAGGAGGGUCUGCCAGCCGACGCGGCGGCGCUGAUGCUGCUCGCCGAGCGCGAGGGCGCCGAUCUGCGCGGCUGCCUGAAUGUCCUGCAGUUGGCCCUGGCACAGCGCCGGCUUCAGGCGGCGACAGCGCACGGGGCGCCCGGGUGGCGUCUCUCUCCGGCGGCCAUGCGCCAGCUGCUGGAAUCGAGCCGACGCGACACGAGCACCUCCCUUCCGAAGGUCCUGCGGGCGGUGUUCACCCUGCCGGGUGGCUCCGGCUCCGGCUCCGGCCACCGAUCGGAAGAGCGUCGUGCGGUGUUCACCCUGCCGGGUGGCUCCGGCUCCGGCUCCGGCCACCGGUCUCUUGGGGAUUUGCUGGACCUUCUGCUGAUGGCGGACUCGGACCCGGAGCGUCUCCUGGACGCGUGCUUUGUCAGUUACGCCGGGUGCCGAGCGCCGGACGCCGUGGUCGACCGGGGGUUCGGCUCCGCCCGGGGGAGUGCCUCUCUGGGGGAUUGGUUGCACUAUUUCGAACGGGUGCGCCGCGUGUCAGCCGGCGUCGACGCCGGCGGAUCCACCUACCCGGCCUUGGCGGUGGCAGCCUUCCAUUAUGUGUGCGCCGUGCCGGGGUCCCUGGCCGGGGGCAUGUCGCUGUCUUGGCCGGCGCGCUUCCCGCUCGAGGCGCCGGUGACCGGCCGAGCGGCCGAGUUGCGUGAUGUCGCGGCUGUCUGCGCCGCCGCCGCCGGGCCCGCAUUGCGCUUCCCAAUCCAGGCUGAGGGGGCCUUCUUGUUGGAUUAUUUGUCCUUCUUGCCGGCGCUGCUUGCGCCCCCGAGCCGGCCUGGGGUCCUGGCGGCCGGUGCCGUUUCCGGUCGCGAUCGCGGCCGGACACAGCGCCUGGCCGAAACCUUCCUGACCUACGGGCUGCGUUUGGUGCCCGUGCGCCUGGAGAGCCCACACGAAUGGGACGCCGGCGGCCGGCGCAAGCGCCAGGCCCUGGGCGGUGGUGAUGGUGAUGAUGAUGCCACCGGCCCGGGUCCUGCAUCCUCUUCACACGCCACUGACAGCUUUGAGUUGACCCCACCGAUCGAUCGGCUGGCCCUCUUUGAGGAGGAAGGCCACGCUCUGGGCCUCGUCGGCGGCGGUGGCGGCGCGUUCGGCGGCAAGCGGACACAUGGCACCCUGGCCAAUGAUGCGGCAUCGGCGGCUGUCGCGCGUCGCAGUCAUCCAGCCUUCCCGGUGGGCAGGCAAAGCUAUGCCGCGCUGGCAGCGCUGCAUGCGGCCAUCGAGGCGGAGCGCUCACGCCGGGCAAAUGCCCGACUCGGGCCGCCGGCACCGGCUCCACCGGUGUCAGCUCCGGCCUCGAGCUCUGGCCCGGCGAUGGCCGCCGCGCACCCGGUGCAGCGGGUCCUUGCACAGACGGCCCCGCCCGUUGCCCCGGGCUCCCCGAAGAAGGGGGAUCCCCUGACCCCUCGGCGCAUUGCCGCGCGGCAUCGCGAAGUCACGGCCCUGCUUCAUGGUGGGGCCGGGGGCUCUGGCUCUCGCACAUCCGACAGCAUGGUGGGGGCCUCCGUCGCUCGGGACUUCUUUGGCCGGGUCAUCGGCGCGUCUGCCGCGGCCACCACCCCGACCGCUUUGCCACCCGACGCACUGGCCACCACUGACAUGGCUGCCGGCGAGCCCUCCAACGAGGCACUCCAGCUACACCCCGACGAGGCGACAUCCCCGGAGGCGCCGGUGCCGACGAUCCGCUUCUGGUAUUCCUUCAAUGAGGGCUUCUCCAAUGCGGUCCGCCAGCGCGUGGAUAUCACCUCGCUCAUGUAGAUCCCCGUCCCCCUUUCCCAGGUGACAAACUAUACUCUUCUUCCUAAGUGUCC